UGAAACUACCAUCAUGGUCCAAAUUCCAGCUAUCAUUCUCCAUCACCUCGAGACGCUCGAACCAAACGCGAAGUUCAGCGGUCGUCUCCCUCGUAUCGAAUCCUCUUCCGGUCAGACUUACUUCGCCAAAGUCGGUUCAACAAGAGAAACAGAGCAGUACAUCGGAGAAGCCGAAUCGCUCAAGGCCAUGGAUGCCGCAGCUCCAGGCCUCGUCCCUCGAGUCUUUGCAUCUGGUGUCUCCGAGUCGGACUCACGACCGUUCAUGCUCUCGGAGUAUCUCACCAUGGGCUCCCUGGAUAACAACUCUGGAGCGGAGCUAGGGAAGAGACUAGCCACAGAGAUGCACUGGUAUAAGAGCGAGAAUGGGUUCGGGUUUGCCGUCCCGACGUAUUGCGGCGCGACUCGCAUGAGAAAUGGCUGGUAUAGCCGAUGGGAGGAAUGUUUCGAUGUGAUGAUUGGGGAUCUAUUAGAUACGCUCAAGUCGCGAGGAAAGUUUCCAGAGCUAUGCAGGAAAGGGGAUAAAAUUCGAGAGAGAGUGAUCCCAGCUCUACUCGGUUCACUCGAUAUAGACCCUGUUUUAUGCCAUGGUGAUUUAUGGAGCGGAAACACGGGUACGAAGAGCGAAACUGGAGAACCUGUUAUCUUCGACCCUUCGUCAUUUUACGGCCACAACGAAGCUGACCUCGCGAUUGCACGUAUCUUUGGCGGGAUCCCUCGAUCUUUCUUCGAGGAGUAUCAUAAACACCUUCCCAAGACCGAGCCAGCCGACCAAUAUGAGCAACGCGGAGACCUGUACGAGCUCUUCCACUAUCUAAACCAUACUGUUCUAUUUGGGAGCGGAUAUUCCGGUAGUGCACUGGCCAAGAUGGACACCCUCCUGGGCACCAUUCACUAGAGCGAUGACGAGAUCAUGUCCCUUACCCCGUCUCGGUGGCAGAAGACGCUCAGGGAGGCUUGCGUUAUCGUGUUCGUAUGCAGUAUUGGAAUGUAGGAAUACG